CUUAAAUUUUUUUCGUAGACACCAUUCUUUGAUUCUUUUCUUUGUAUUUGAUAUGGGAAUCCACCAAUGUGAAGAUGUUGAGAAGGGUGGAAAAAAUGGUCUUGAGGAUUUGAAGAAACCAUUAGUUCAAGGAGAGAAGAUUAUUGUUUCCAAUGAAUUAGGGUGUGAGACUGAUGGUAGCAGCAGUCAGAAUGGAUCCGAUGGGUCGAUAUGGAUGGUUUUGCUAAGCACAUUUGUUGCUGUUUGUGGCUCCUUUGAGUUCGGAUCAUGUGUGGGCUACUCAGCACCAACUCAAUCUGCCAUCAGGGAAGAUCUUGAUCUGUCUCUGGCUGAGUACUCAAUGUUUGGCUCCAUAUUAACAAUUGGUGCCAUGCUUGGUGCUAUUACUAGUGGCCUAGUUACAGACUCCUUAGGCCGAAAAGGGGCAAUGAGAAUGUCAGCAAGUUUCUGCAUUACAGGAUGGCUGGCUGUCUAUUUCUCUAUGGGAGCUCUCUUGCUUGACAUGGGAAGGUUCUUCACAGGAUACGGCAUUGGAAUUUUCUCAUACGUGGUCCCAAUAUUUAUAGCUGAGAUAGCUCCAAAGAGUAUCCGAGGAGGGCUCACAACAUUGAAUCAGCUCAUGAUUGUCUGCGGCUCAUCAGUUGCAUUCUUGCUAGGAACAGUAACAACAUGGAGAACACUGGCUCUGACUGGACUUGUUCCAUGCCUUGCCCUGCUGAUCGGUUUAUUUUUCGUCCCUGAGUCUCCUAGAUGGCUGGCAAAGGUUGGCCGUGAGAAAGAAUUUGAAGUUGCUUUGAGGAGGCUUCGAGGCAAAGAUGCCGAUGUUUCCAAGGAAGCUGCCGAAAUCCAGGUCUAUAUUGAAAAUCUUCAAAGUUUUCCAAAGGCGAAAAUGUUGGACCUGUUUCAAACCAAAUAUAUACGUUCCCUGAUCAUUGGUGUUGGCUUAAUGGUUUUCCAACAAUUUGGAGGAAUAAAUGGCGUAGGCUUCUAUGUGAGUGAAACCUUUGUAUCAGCUGGACUUUCUUCUAGCAAAAUUGGAACCAUAGCUUAUGCUUGUAUUCAGGUUCCAAUAACCAUAGUUGGAGCAAUAUUGAUGGAUAAAUCCGGACGAAGACCCCUUCUCAUGGUGUCUGCAAGUGGAACUUUUCUCGGAUGCUUUCUCACUGGAGCUUCUUUCUUUCUUAAGAGCAAUGCUAUGCUGCUUGAUUGGGUUCCUGUACUGGCUAUUGGUGGAGUGCUGCUUUACAUAGCAUCGUUUUCGAUUGGAAUGGGGGCAGUUCCUUGGGUGAUAAUGUCUGAGAUCUUCCCUAUAAAUGUGAAGGGAGCUGCUGGCAGCUUGGUGGUGCUAGUGAAUUGGUUGGGUGCAUGGGUGGUUUCCUACACUUUCAACUUCCUAAUGAGCUGGAGUCCCACAGGUACAUUUUCCAUCUAUGCUGGAUUUUCUGCUAUGACCAUUCUUUUUGUGGCAAAGAUCGUGCCAGAAACAAAGGGAAAAACAUUGGAAGAAAUUCAAGCAUGCAUUGAUUCUUAGAGAGGAAAGGGGUUACAUGCAGAUGGUACUCGGAAAAGUUUCUUGAAAUACUGAUGUGAAACUGAUCAAUGUAUCUUCCAUUUUUUGUCAGAAAAUCAAGCUACCAAGAAGAUAAAAUGUGGUGUGAAAAAGUGUUCUUAUAGGUCAAAUUGUGCAAGGGAUUUCGAUUUUCCAGGAUUGUGAAACAGAAGUGAAAGAAAACUAGUCAAUUUUCUCCCUUCUUAGGAAAUUGAUAGUCCAAAUAUCUUUUAUGUUAA